AUUUUGUCAAGUACAUCUAUUUCAAUUUAUAGAAUAUUGACACUUAUUUAUAUGCAAUAACACAUUGUGUGUGCACCACGACCUAUUCCAAUCACAUUUCUGUUUCAUUGGUGUCUUAAUUUAGUAGGAAUAUUAUUGUUACCACGACACUGGACUCCACCAAAAUUUGUGUUUUAUCCUCACAAAAAUGCAAUGACUUUAUUCCCAAUGUGGAAAAUUGAAACAAUUUAAAAUAGCAUUCACAAAAAAAGUCAGUUGUUUUCACUUUGCCAGAAUGAAUGUCCCAAAGCCCAGUUUUGCUUCCAUGGGCUGGAUGAAAGAGGGAACUGUGAUUGGAAUUAACAGGUUUUUCUGUCUGAAGAGUCUGAGGAUACUGGUGUUGAGCUGGCACUGUUAUACUUUCAGUGAUGUUCUUCUUUUGGAACCAGAGCACAGUUAGCCAUCACUUCCACUGUUGCACGUGCACAAAAAAAGCUGGAACUAAAUGUGAGCUGAGUUAACUUAAAGAACAGUCAUUUGAUCUAAGGGAAAAGUCAUGCCUCCCAGAAUGAUCAUAUAACAGCAUCUUUUGCAGCUACACAGAUGAGACCCAGGUCUUAGCGUGCGAUAUUCUUAAAAUUACUGAUUUGUAAAGUAGCCCCUCCGGUCUUAGGUUUUCUUGCAGUCAGUGAAAUUGCUGCAGCCCCCAUAGUGAUGCAAAUGUCAGUAUACAUUCUGUGCAGUCUAUCUGCUCAUCAACUACUUUCUUGAGCAACAGAAGUGCAGUGCUUAAAUUUCGAUUAAACAUUUGUUUUUUAGCUCAUCACUCCAAAAGGGUUUAUUGCAAAUUCUUUAAGUAUUGCCAAAUGAUAAAAUAAACAUAGUUUUGGAUUUAUGCCCUGCAAAAAAUGACCAAACUAUUUUAACAAGAGCCUCCAGCCUCCUCCAUAUGUUCUAGGCAGGGACUGCUCAGCUUCUAGGUGCCACGGACAACCACCAAAUCAUGAUUUGCCGUGUCUCCUGCUAAUCUAUCAGCCGGCAACUCUGCAGCUUCUGCUUUUUUAUCUACUCUCUCCCUUGGUGAUUUCAUCCAGACUUGUGGCUUUAAAUGCCAUUCCUGUGAUUACAACUGCCAGUUAUGUCUCAUCAUCCCAAAUCUUGUCCCUGAAUACCAAACUUGUCUAUCUCAUUGCCUACCAGACGUCCCCACGUGAUGUCCAAUUUGCAUCUCAACCUUAGCAGUUCCAAAGUUGAACUCGUGAUCUCCUGCUCCACACACAAAAAGCUGCUUCAUCUUCAUUCUGCCAUCUUCGUUUCCGCUGAUGGCAACUUCAUACUUCUGGGUGUUCAGUCCAAUAGCUUUGGCAUUGUCCAGUUCCUCCUUUCUCCCACCUGGAUCCAGCUGAAAAUCAUGGUGUUAGUACCUUCAGAACACAUCUAGGGUCUGAUCACCUCUCACCACCUGCACUGCUACUCUUCCCAGCUAUCUCCCGCCAGCAUGUUUAUUUAGUGUCAUGUACAUGGCAACCUGGGCCCCUCUACAGCUCCAGUCCUCCAACCAGAGCCAGCUCUCCCCUGAAAAUGCUACAGCCUGCGACAAUGCUCCGGAAGUCUGGGACCUGCUGCACAGAGUACUGCCGACAUUUAUCAUCUCCAUCUGCUUCUUCGGCCUCCUGGGAAACCUUUUUGUCCUGUCGGUCUUCCUCCUGCCCCGGCGGCGACUGAACGUGGCAGAAAUCUACCUGGCCAACCUGGCGGCCUCUGAUCUGGUGUUUGUCUUGGGCUUGCCCUUCUGGGCAGAGAAUAUCUGGAACCAGUUUAACUGGCCUUUCGGGGCCCUCCUCUGCCGUGUCAUCAACGGGGUCAUCAAGGCCAAUUUGUUCACCAGCAUCUUCCUGGUGGUGGCCAUCAGCCAGGACCGCUACCGCGUACUGGUAUAUCCUAUGGCCAGUCGGAGGAGGCAGCGGCGGAGGCAGGCCCAGGUUACCUGCAUGCUCAUCUGGGUUGUGGGGGGCCUCUUGAGUAUCCCCACAUUCCUGCUUCGAUCCCUCAAAGCCGUCCCAGAUCUGAACAUCACCGCCUGCAUCCUGCUCCUCCCCCAUGAAGCCUGGCACUUUGCAAGGAUCGUGGAGUUAAACAUUCUGGGUUUCCUCCUACCCCUGGCUGCGAUCAUCUUCUUCAACUACCACAUCCUGGCCUCCCUGCGAGGGAGGAAGGAGGCCAGCGGUAGAGGGUGCGGGGGCCGCAAGGAUGGCAAGACCACAGUGCUGAUCCUCAUGCUCGUGGCUGCCUUCCUGGUCUGCUGGGCCCCUUACCAUUUCUUUGCCUUCCUGGAAUUCUUAUUCCAGGUGCAAGCAGUCCAAGGCUGCUUCUGGGAGGACUUCAUCGACCUGGGCCUGCAACUGACCAACUUCUUUGCUUUCAUCAACAGCUCCCUGAAUCCAGUAAUUUAUGUCUUUGUGGGCCGGCUCUUCAGGACCAAGGUCUGGGAACUUUAUAAACAGUGCACCCCUAAAAGCCUUGCUCCAAUGUCUUCAUCCCAUAGGAAAGAAAUUUUCCAACUUUUCUGGCGGAAUUAAAACAGCAUUGAACCAAGAA